UCGGGAAAACUUCUGGGCAAGAUGGCCCGGCGCUGACUGGCUGGGCGCGCUCGGUCCUCAGCAGCAGCAGCAGCAGCAGCGCCGAGGCCCAUGGCGGUGGCCGAGCUCUACGCGCAGUACAACAGGGUCUGGAUUCCUGAUCCUGAGGAAGUCUGGAAGUCGGCUGAGAUCGCAAAGGACUACAGAGUGGGUGGCCGAGUCCUCCGGCUCCUGCUAGAGGAUGGAACGGAGCUGGAUUACCCUGUUGACCCAGGCUCACUGCCUCCGCUUCGGAACCCAGACAUCCUGGUGGGUGAGAAUGACCUCACGGCCCUUAGCUACCUCCAUGAGCCGGCAGUGCUGCAUAACCUCAGAAUCCGCUUUGCAGAGUCCAAACUCAUCUACACCUACAGUGGAAUCAUCUUGGUGGCCAUGAACCCCUACAAGCAGCUGCCAAUCUAUGGGGACGCCAUCAUUCACGCCUACAGCGGCCAGAACAUGGGGGACAUGGACCCACACAUCUUCGCAGUCGCAGAGGAGGCCUACAAGCAGAUGGCCAGGAACAAUAGAAACCAGUCCAUCAUCGUGAGCGGGGAGUCUGGAGCUGGGAAGACAGUUUCUGCCCGCUAUGCCAUGAGGUACUUUGCCACAGUCAGCAAAUCCAGCAGCAAUGCCCAUGUGGAGGACAAAGUCCUGGCGUCCAAUCCCAUAACUGAGGCUGUUGGAAACGCCAAGACCACCCGAAAUGACAAUAGCAGCCGGUUUGGGAAGUACACAGAAAUCAGCUUCGAUGAGAGGCAUCAGAUCAUCGGUGCCAACAUGAGAACCUACCUCUUGGAGAAAUCCCGGGUCGUCUUCCAGUCAGAAAAUGAACGAAAUUACCACAUCUUCUACCAGCUCUGCGCAUCUGCUCAGCAGUCAGAAUUUAAGCAUCUUAAGCUGGGGAGUGCAGAAGAGUUCAACUACACGAGAAUGGGCGGCAACACCGUCAUCGAAGGUAUAAAUGACAGAGCUGACAUGGUGGAGACGCAGAAGACCUUCACACUGCUGGGUUUCAAGGAAGAUUUUCAGAUGGAUGUCUUCAAGAUUCUAGCUGCCAUCCUGCAUCUGGGUAAUGUGCAGGUCACCACCGUGGGCAAUGAGAAGUCUUCCAUCAGCGAGGAUGACAAUCACCUGAAGGUGUUCUGUGAGCUCUUGGGCCUGGAGACUAGCAAAAUGGCUCAGUGGCUAUGCAACAGGAAGAUUGUAACUACCUCAGAGACUGUGGUAAAGCCCAUGACCAGGCCCCAGGCCAUCAAUGCCAGGGACGCGCUGGCCAAAAAGAUCUAUGCUCACCUGUUCGACUUCAUUGUAGAGAGAAUCAACCAGGCCCUGCACUUCUCAGGCAAGCAGCACACUUUUAUUGGUGUUUUGGACAUUUAUGGUUUUGAGACCUUUGACGUGAACAGCUUUGAACAGUUCUGCAUCAAUUACGCUAACGAGAAGCUGCAGCAGCAGUUUAACCUGCACGUCUUUAAACUUGAGCAAGAGGAAUACAUGAAGGAAGACAUCCCUUGGACUCUGAUAGACUUCUAUGACAAUCAACCAGUUAUUGACCUGAUUGAAGCGAAAAUGGGCAUCUUGGAGCUGCUGGACGAAGAAUGCUUGUUGCCCCAUGGAAACGAUGAAAACUGGCUUCAAAAGCUGUAUAACAAUUUUGUCAACAAGAACUCUUUAUUCGAAAAGCCCAGAAUGUCAAACACGUCCUUCAUCAUCCAGCACUUUGCUGACAAGGUGGAGUACCAGUGCGAAGGGUUCCUGGAGAAGAACAGGGACACCGUCUAUGACACGCUGGUUGAAACCCUCAGGACAAGCAAGUUUCAUCUCUGUGCCGCCUUUUUUCAAGAAAGCCCUGUCCCGUCUUCUCCCUUUGGCGCGAUGAUCACGCUCAAAUCCGCGAAGCAAGUCAUCAAGCCAAACAGCAAGCACUUCCGGACCACAGUUGGGAACAAGUUCCGCAGCUCUCUGUGCUUGCUCAUGGAAACCCUCAACGCCACCACGCCCCACUACGUUCGGUGCAUCAAGCCUAAUGAUGAGAAACUGCCCUUUGAGUUUGACUCCAAACGGAUCGUCCAGCAGCUGCGAGCCUGCGGCGUUUUAGAAACCAUUCGCAUCAGCGCCCAGAGCUACCCGUCCAGGUGGACGUACCUCGAGUUCUACAGUCGCUAUGGCAUCCUUAUGAGCCAGCAGGAGCUGUCCCUCAGCGAUAAGAAGGAGGUGUGCAAGGUGGCUUUGCACAGGCUUAUCCAGGAUUCCAACCAGUACCAGUUUGGUAGAACCAAAAUUUUCUUCAGAGCAGGACAAGUGGCUUAUUUAGAGAAACUCCGCUUGGAUAAACUGAGGCAGGACUGCAUUAUGAUUCAAAAGCAUGUGCGGGGCUGGCUGCAGAGGAGGAAGUUCCUCCGAGAGAGACAAGCCGCCCUGACGAUCCAGCGGUACUUCCGGGGUCAGCAAACAGUGAGGAAAGCCAUCACUGCCACCGCCUUGAAGGAGGCCUGGGCUGCCAUCGUCCUGCAGAAGCAUUGCCGCAGGUACCUGGUCCGUAACCUGUACCAGCUGAUCCGGGUGGCCACCAUCACCAUCCAGGCCCACACUAGGGGCUUCCUGGCCAGGAGGCGGUACCGGAAGUUGCUGCAGGAGCACAAGGCAGUGAUCCUUCAGAAGUACGCAAGGGCGUGGCUGGCCCGGCGCAGAUUCCAGAACAUCCGCCGGUUCGUGCUCAACAUUCAGCUGACAUACAGGGUCCAGCGCCUGCAGAAGAAGCUGGAGGACCAGAACAGAGAGAACCACGGGCUGGUGGAAAAGCUAACCAGCCUGGCCUCCCUGCGGGCUGGUGACCUGGAAAAGGUCCAGAAGCUGGAGGCAGAGCUGGAGAGAGCAGCCACCCACCGACACAACUAUGAAGAGAAGGGCAGGAGAUACCGGGACUCCGUGGAAGAGAAGCUGUCCAGGCUGCAGAAACACAAUGCAGAGCUGCAGUCACAGAGGGAGCAGGCAGAGCAGAUGCUGCAAGACAAGACCGACGAGCUGAAAGAAAAAAUGGACAAGCUCACUCGGCAGCUGUUCGAGGACGUGCAGAAAGAGGAACAGCAGAGACUACUUCUUGAAAAGAGUUUCGAGCUGAAAACGGAAGCCUAUGAGAAGCAGAUAGAGUCGCUGAGAGAGGAAAUUAAAGCCCUCAAGGACGAGAGGACUCAGCUCCAUCGUCAGCUGGAGGAGGGGCGUCUCACCUCUGACAGCCUGAAGGGGGAGGUGGCUCGCCUGAGCAAGCAAGCAAAGACCAUUGCUGAGUUUGAGAAGGAGAUAGAGCUGCUUCAGGCACAGAAGAUAGAAGUGGAAAAACACGUGCAGUCGCAGAAGCGGGAAAUGAGAGAAAGGAUGUCAGAAGUCACCCAACAGCUCCUGGAGAGCUAUGACAUUGAAGACGUUAGAAGCAGGCUCUCUGUGGAAGAUCUGGAACACUUAAAUGAGGAUGGAGAACUUUGGUUUGCCUAUGAAGGACUAAAGAAAGCAACUCGUGUUCUGGAGAGCCAUUUCCAGUCUCAGAAGGACUGCUAUGAAAAAGAGAUUGAAGGUCUGAACUUCAAAGUCGUGCACCUGAGCCAAGAGAUCAACCACCUGCAGAAACUGUUCAGAGAAGAGACAGACAUCAAUGAAAGCAUCCGUCAUGAAGUCAGCAGGCUGACAUCAGAAAACAUGAUGAUCCCAGACUUUAAGCAGCAGAUUUCAGAGCUGGAGAGGCAGAAGCAGGAUCUUGAAUGCCGCCUGAAGGAGCAGGCUGAGAAGAUGGAAGGAAAGCUGGAAGAGCCGUUCAGCCACCUACCUCGAGUCCGAGAGGAGGAGGGAAUACAGGGCAAGGCCCUGGAAGCACACGGUGAAAUGCCUCCUGAAGGGAAAGAGGGGCUGAUGGGUAAGAUCCAAGAACUGCAGGAGGCCAGAGAGUUCCCGAAGAAGCAACCAGAAGCUGAGGGAGACGUCAAGAGUCCUCUCCAACAAGAGGCAUCUCGGCUGUCUUUGGAAAACAGGGAUCUUGAAGAAGAGUUAGACAUGAAGGACAGAAUGAUUAAAAAGCUACAGGAUCAAGUCAAGACUCUGACCAAGACAAUCGAAAAAGCCAACAAUGUGUACCUGCCCUCAGGACCCAAGGAGUACCUUGGAAUGCUGGAAUACAAGAAAGAAGAUGAGGCCAAGCUCAUUCAAAACCUCAUUCUUGACCUGAAGCCCCGAGGUGUGGUGGUGAACAUGAUCCCCGGGCUGCCAGCUCACAUCCUGUUCAUGUGUGUGCGAUACGCAGACUCCCUAAACGAUGCCAACAUGCUCAAAUCACUCAUGAACAGUGCCAUUAACGGCAUCAAGCACGUGGUGAAGGAACAUCUUGAAGAUUUGGAGAUGCUGUCCUUCUGGCUUUCCAACACUUGCCAUUUCCUCAACUGCCUGAAGCAGUACAGUGGAGAAGAGGAAUUCAUGAAGUAUAACAGCCCACAGCAGAAUAAGAACUGCUUGAACAAUUUUGAUCUUACAGAAUACAGGCAGAUUAUGAGUGAUGUGGCUAUACGGAUCUAUCAUCAGUUCAUCACUGUGAUGGCAAACAACAUCCAGCCCAUAAUAGUGCCAGGCAUGCUGGAGUACGAGAGCCUGCAGGGCAUUUCCGGCCUGAAGCCCACUGGUUUCCGGAAGCGCUCCUCCAGCAUCGACGACACAGACGCCUACACCAUGACGUCCGUCCUGCAGCAGCUGAGCUACUUCUACAGCACCAUGAGGCAGAACGGCCUGGACCCCGAGCUUGUGAGGCAGGCGGUCAAGCAGCUCUUCUACCUGAUAGGGGCCGUGACGCUCAACAGCCUCCUCCUGCGCAAGGACAUGUGCUCCUGCAGGAAAGGGAUGCAGAUCAGGUGCAAUAUCAGCUAUUUAGAAGAGUGGCUUAAAGAUAAGAAUUUGCAGAACAGUUUAGCCAAGGAGACCUUGGAGCCCCUCUCCCAGGCGGCCUGGUUACUCCAGGUCAAGAAGACCACAGACAGCGACGCCAAGGAGAUCUCAGAAUGCUGCACCUCCCUCUCCGCUGUGCAGAUCAUAAAGAUCCUUAAUUCAUACACGCCUAUCGAUGACUUCGAGAAGAGAGUCACUCCGUCCUUUGUCCGCAAAGUACAGGUCCUCCUGAAUAACCGGGGCGACUCAUCACAGCUGAUGCUGGACACCAAAUACCUUUUCCAAGUCACGUUUCCUUUCACCGCCUCACCGCACGCCCUGGAGAUGACCCAGAUCCCCAGCAGCUUCAAGCUCGGCUUUCUCCGGAGACUGUAGCAGGAAAGAAGAUGGCUGUGGGUUCCCUGGAGCCCUGAGGGCAGGUCCAGCAGAGGGACGUGGUUAUCCACCGAGCGGGGACUGUGUGGACUGCAGUUUGAGACUGUCUUCCAUGGAUGCUGUGCUGCCAACUGGGCUGGCAAAGGCUCUUGCUUCUGACCUCAGUGGUAUUGCUGCAGCUCCUAAAGGCUCAAUUUUGUUCCCGGUGCCUUUGUUUAUUCUGUUCCAUGACAGGGACCUCCCCUGACCCAGGAGUAAAAUAUGGGGGCCCCGUGGCUCUCCAAGUUUCUAAGGUUUCCCUGAAGUCCAGAGGCAUUUAUGAAGCCCCAGGUGAGUUCCACGCCUACAGCAUCCAGGAAAAAAUCCCACGUGGCCACUGGAACAAGGACUUUUUGCCCCAUCGAUGCUGGCAGGAAGAGCUUUUUAGCUCUUCUCACUAAAGACACCCUGGAGGAGAAAACAAUUCAUCCAAAUGCUUUAAUUUUUAAGAGAUUAUUCAGUCUGAGAGCUGAGCAUGGUGGCACAUACCUGUAAUCCCAGACUGAGACUCUAUCUCAGAAAAAAAAAAAAAAAAGAGGGAGAGCAUUUCAUGUAUAUAUCUAUUUAAAACAAAUUUACUAUUGAAGCUUACCUUUAUGCCAUUCAUCAUUUUUUUCUGAAUGUUUUAAAAACUGCACCAGCCAACAUAGCUGUUAUAAUCUCUCAUUUAAUAAUUUUUUUUUUUAAAAUAGAAUUCUUCCUUUUAAAAACUAGAUUUAUCUCUGGGGCCAGAGCUCCGUGAUAGAGCAGUUGGCCCUAGAGUUUGGCCCCAGCAGCACACAUACGCACACACGGUCAACGUAAGUUUAUCUAAUCAGUGUUCUAAUGUGCUUUUUAAAUUUUUUUCAUGAAAGAAAAUGAAGAUUUGGGAGAGUUCUCCCUUUUGAGAAAUCUGAUUUUCCCCCGUUUUAUAAGAACUGCCUACUCCUCUCCCCAAACUGUUGUCCUUCCCUUCAGAAUACUGAGCCUUUGAAGGGCACUCCUGCCCCAUAGCUGAGACCCAACUCUGCACCCCAUGGCCUGACCACCCGCUAGCCUGCCGGUCACAGGCGGUAGCUGUGACGUGGUCUCUGGGGAGACUGGGUGAUAGCUAAUCAGUGCCUCCUACACGCGGGCCCCGUCGCACCGAUGUCUGAUGCCUCUUCAAACUGUACCCAAAUGAUGGAAACAGAACGUUAGUAAUAAUACUUUAAUAAAAUAAAUUAUUGAGCAAA